GACACUAGUCUUUCAUGUUUCAGUUCGAUGCACUUCAUUGUAAUGGUUGCUCAUGUGUCUAGAUAAUAUUCAAUUUAAUUGAUUAGUUGUUUGUGAAUUUUUCAUCCCAUUUGGAAGUACUGGAGAUUUAUUCUCUAAAGAGUGCUGAUUGUGAAACGUUGAAUUGCUUUACGAAAAUGAAUGUAUCCUGCACUAUUUGCCAAGAGGACUUAUUUACCGGCGACGAUGGCGAAUCAAUUAGUUCGACAAGCUGCGGUCACGUCUAUCACUCCCACUGUCUUCUCCAAUGGAUGGAAAGAUCAAAAACAUGCCCUUAUUGCCGAACUGCUUUGGAGAAUGAUGACGUUUUCAAGUUGAAUGUACUUAUUGAAAAAGCAUCUGCGGUCCCGAGUACGGAAAAAUUUGACGAUUUGGGCAAACAUGUGAAACGUUUUCGUAAAGAUGUCGAAUCGGAUUUAAAAACAGCAGUGGAAAGACGUGUAAUUGUACACUCAAAAUGUAACGAGUUCAGGAAUAGCGCAAAUGAAUUGGAAAGACUUGUUUUACAUUAUCUCAGUGGAGAUACCGAGUCUAAAAUAAGCAAAGAGUUGCUUGAAACUAGCGAAAAAUUAAAAGCGAUGGAAAGUGACUAUAAACGUGCAGAAUUGGCUGGUGAAAGAUUGAGGACUAAAAACAAGAAACUCGAAGAUCGAGUGCAAUCGCUCCUGCACAGUGAAUCUAGCGUAAGAAAAGAAUUGGUCGCGAAAAAUACGAAAUUACAAGAAAUGGAAAAAAGCUUAAAAACGGCGAAUUUGAGAAACGAGAAAUUGGAGAAAACAAAUGAAGAGUUAGAGCGUCGAAUUGAACGAGACUUAGACUACCAAGAUUAUUUAAAAGAUAAGCUGGACAUAGAAACUGAAAUAUUAGAGAAGACGAAGGACAAUUUGUUCAAAGCGAACUUGACCAGUGAAAAAUUAAAAAAAAAAAAUGAAGAAUUGGAGAAUAGCAUUGACGACUACGAAGACGAUGUACAAUACUAUAAAGACGAGUUGAUAAAAUUGAAGUGGAGGACGGAAGAUUUGGCCGAAGCGAACUUGGCGAAAGAAAAAUUGAAGAAAGAGAAAACAGGAUUGGAGCGUUGUAUUGCACAACAGUUGAAUGUUGAAGCUGAUUUAAAAAAGAAAUUAGACACGGAAAUAGCAGUAUCAAAAGACGUGACGGAAAGUCUCGCCAAAGCGAACUUGAUCAUUGAACAAUUGAAAGCCAAAACACAGAAGUACGAAGUUAAUGAUUUGAAAUCCAAAGAUAAGAUUGAAAAAUUGAGGGCUAAACUCUUACGAGAGCGACAAAAGAUUCAAUUAUUGAAACAAUCGAGUGAACAAUCGAAAAGUAGUAUUGUGAGACAAAAUGAGAAGCUAAAAACCAAACUAAAAAGGAACAACAAUGUAACUAAGGUGGAAUUUGAAGAAUAUUGAAGAUCCGACAGAACAAUUUGAAAAAUCUAUUUACUGAACUGAAAAAUGAAUGAAGUAUAGGUAAGUAUUGACUUAUAGUAAUGGAUGAAUAUAACGUACAACGUCAACAAAUUCGAGGAUAGGAUUGAGAUGGUAUUUCUUGACUUACAUUUAGAUUUACUUCAAGUUACUAAGAAACGUCCGCGUUUCUAUUUUUUUAAAAAUGAUUCUAUAAAAUUUGCAACAUGUGAUACCGUCUUUUCAGUAGAGUGUCAUGAAGUAUUGUAAUCGUUGAUUUUGUGGAACCAAAGAAAUACCUAUCUACGUUAAAUUAUUUGUAUUUGUAAGAUACACUUAAACAUUUAAAAUAUUUUUUUAGUUUAGUUCUUUUAUCUAUUAAGUAUUGUUAUAAGUACUAUUGACUUUGACGAUUGUAUUCAAAUUGUGAUUUGGUACCUAUCUAUUCUUUAGGGUAGCUAUUAUUUUUUUCUAUGAUGUAUUUUCCAUAAUAAUUUACGAAUUCGUAAUCGUUGAUGUAAAGGCUACUUGUUGUGUUAAAAAUUAUCUACUUCUUAUA